UACUCAACUUCGUCUCCGUUCCGGCUUCGUGUAGGAAACUAAUCCCCGAUCGUGGGCUUGAAGCGCUUAAAUUAAAUUGAAAUGCUGUAAUGUUUGGCUCUUUUGCAUCUUACUUGAUAUUCUGUGGCACUAUCAGACUUACUUUUGCGCUUACAACCUCAAAUUCAGGAAGUAAAAACGGAGCCAAUCGAGUAUUAGAAAACGGCCCAGGAUUUGAGCACUGCACUGGAGCUACAGACGCAAUAGAGGGCGUACUUAAUUGUAAAGAUGGCGACUCGAGUGUUGUCUCCUGCGAAGCAGGCUUGGAAAAAAGGUUGGGUACCGUUUCUGAAGUAUGCGUGGGACAAUGAGCCUGUCUUGGUAGCAUCGUCAGUCCUUGGAUUUGCACCACCUAUUUUGUACCUCUUCUGGCCCUGGAAGAACUGGGCUGAAGAGACCAACAAACUCAUGCCCACCAAGUACCCUACUCCCAUAAGAUACGUAGAAGGAAAGACAGGACCUCCAACGUCAAUAUGACGAUCACCGAGUGCUACGCCAUGCAACAUGGGCUACUUCACGUUACUUUGGCCACCAUUGCAUUCAGGAAUAUUUAUUUCAUAAGAGCAGAAUCAUUUUUUUUUCUUUCGUUGAAAUGACAGCAAAUCAUUGCACCCGUAGGUUCUGUGAAGCAUCUUUCAACUCUGGAUGCUUGGACAAAAAUUUCAUCAAGAAUUCCGGCCAGCUUAAUGAGGAAACGUCUCUAAGUCUGGGUUAGAACCUUCUUGUAGUCGCUGGAAUGUUUGCCAGCGUAUUGAAACAGGCUGUUUUUUGGGGGGCGGGAGGAAUGAAGUAUUGGUUGUGUGAUAAAAUAUAAUAUACUUAAAGAUUUUGAAGACUUUGAUUGAUGUUUAAAGUUGGAGAUAAACUAAAAUUUCAGCAUCCGACAACUUUUUUUCUCAAGAGUAAAUGUACAUUACAACAAAAGUGAAAAAACGUUCAUCAACAAUUUCGUAGAGGAUUGAAAAGCCAUCAAGUAAUUUUGCUCCUACGUUUUUAAAUGAAACAAGUUAUAACUUGAAGAACUUUACCGGUAUACUUUAUCAAUGUAAUUUUGUGAUUUUUGCAAAAUGGAAAUU